AACAGAAAAAAAUCACAAAAAUUCCUUGGCUUAUCCCUAAAAUCUACUCAAGUUUUGAAGAAAUUUUCGAAAAUUGAAAGUCAUCAACAAGAGGCACAAAAGAAGAGUUUGAAAUGGAUUCAAAAGGGGAGUUCUAAGUGUAAAAGGUAUGAAUCUAGACUUGAAAAAGGGUAGAUGUGGGAAGAGCUAAGAAAUCCCAUUCCAAAUAGGAUUGGGUUGUCAUCUUAGGGAUUUGGAUUGGGUAGUAGAAACACAUUAGGAUUGGGUUUUCCCCUUUGUCUAUAAAAAGGGAGCCUUCGGCUUCAUGGAGAUUCGAAAAUUGAGGGGAAAGAGGAGGCAAUUGCCGAGCCUAGAAGGAGAAUUGGAGAGAUUGAGAGGAAGUACAGCAGCUUGUAACCAGAACUUCAAGAAAAUAAAGCUUGAUUUUUCAUAUUAUUCUUCAGGUGUGCAUUGUUAAUUUUUUGGGUGUUGUUCUGUCAUGUUCUUUUCUUCUUCUUCUUCUUUUUGUUAUAGGUAAUUGCUUGGUUUCCUUGUUAAAUUGUUUCUUUCCUGGUUGUCUGCAAUGGAUCUUGAGAAAACUGGUAGUAGCCUUUCAUAUUUUCAUUCUUCAUUUGAUUUCCGUCCGCUCUGUUCGUCAGUUCUUUUUUUUUUUU